GGGAAUUGAAUUCCAACAAGAACCGAGAAAAUGUUAAAAAUCACUAAACUUAGUAUGUUAUUGUUGUUGUAACGGUAGAAAAUAUACCCCAUAUAUGUAUCUUUGAAGAAUGCUGUUGACAGUCCUUGGCCGGAUCAGAACCCGUAUUUGUUCAGCUUAUAUAAACCAAACUGCCAUGGAACCUGCGUAAGCCGACUCUCCUGCAUACUCGUGGUGUAUACAUAUAUUACACAUCUUUCAGUUCAUUUUAAGAGCCCUUCAUUAAAGCUCCGCCAAUCAUAUGAUUCCGUAAUAAAGUUGUGUAAAGAAUUAUUUAUUUAAUUACAUGUACUAUAUGUUAUCCCACGUGUCUUCACUGUACUAACCCACAAUUGUGUAAACGUAGCUUUGAAGUUAAAUUUAAAUAAGAGCAAAAAUAAACUUGGCAACUUUUAAAAUGAACACCGAAAGCAUUCACUGUAUCGUUUAGAGGGUGGUUGGAGCACCCACUUUGCUACACAUGCAGUGGGGGUAGUGAAUCGCCCCAUAGAUGUAUAGAAAUAUAUUUGUGUGUAUGCGUGUGAGUAGGCGAAUGUGAAGGCAAAAAUGAAAUGAGAAAAAGAUUGAUUUUUCCUGUGCUACGUUGCACCAUAGAACGUCUGUCUCUGUUUGUGUGGAAAUAUCAACACUGAGCUGAGUGACGACGUCGACCGAGUGCUGCUCGACUGCGACAACGAUGACUACGUUUAGCCAAGCGAAAACUUACAAUGCUGCCUCAGAGCGCACGGUCGGAAAAGUAGAAAAUCAGUUCGGGUGAAAAUUUUAGAGAAAUAACGUCACAGCUACGCAAGUACGCCAAAAUUGAAGAAGAAGAAUGUGAAAAUUUUCAUUUUGUACAAAAUUAUAUGAAGAAAAAAUGCAAGUUUGCAAAAGAAAUUUAACGGGAUUAUUACAUAAUAUACGGUAAUCACUUUAUAUGGAAAACAACUUGCGCCGGAAAUUGAAUUGAAUUUCGUUAAAUUUUCAAUACAACAUACAAUUGAAAUUUUAACAAAGGAGCUGAGCAGAGAAAAGUUUCGAGUUUUUUCACAUUGAAAAAUAUAAAAAUGAAACUUUAAUUUUCAACCUACAAAUAUUAUAAAAUAUAAAUAAAAUUGGUGAAUUCAUUUUUGCACUACUGAAAGUGAAUUGUCUGGUGUCAAAUAGAUUUUCUAAACGCGUACCCAUUUUUUGUUUAGAAACAAAAACAAUUUCAAAUGUAUAAUGCAUUUAAGUGAGUACUAAAAUUUUCCGCUAAUGAGAUAAAUUUGCAUAAAAUCGGCAAAACUGGAACAAAAAAAAAACGAAUACUUCGAAUCUAUGAAAAAUCGGGUUUGCACUGCAAUAUACAUAUAUAGCUACAUCAGUUGGCUUUUCAAUACCGACGACUUUUAAAGCGUUAAAACAGCGCCUUAGGGAAAAAUAGAAGUGUGUAGCAGCAGCAAUUCGACCAACUAGCCUUUGGUUAACAGUAACGCAUUAACAAUUUUAAAGCUGUGUUGCAAUAUUUUCAAGUAGUGUUGGUGGAGGCAACAGACUUGCCACAUUUCCACAGCCGUGCCGAGCAGCGCACCCGGAAAUGAAGCUAGCAACAACAUCCUGCGUCAUUUAAUUGUUGUCGUCGCAGCCAUAGUCGACGUCAUCGUCACUGUUCUCAUCGUGUUUACCGUUAUUAACGUCAGUGCUUCUGCUACAAUACACCUGAACGGAUUACUGAAAGAAGUGUUCGCAUUGACACACACGUCUAUAUUGAAAUAAAUAAGUAGUUUUAGUACUGAAGCAUUGGCGCACUUUGCAAGUACAAAUCGGAACGCUCGGUAGUGUACAAGCGCAUAAUUGUGUAUCUUCUAUCCAAAUAGACGUGGCAGGUGGGGCAUCUUGAGUAGCAGCAGCAGCCAGAAAAAGCACAACCACCGUCGGGACGCACGAGAGAGCAACGUGUGGACAUUUGUAAGUAGUCGACCGGCGCUAUUGAAGGAGAACGCAUUCGCUGCAGUUGAUGUAUUUCACUUCGCGUGCAUAUAUAGCAUGUUGGCAACAGAUUUAUUAUUUGUGUUGAACUAGAGUUGCGUAAAGUUUGCACCGUUUCGAGGAAAUCGAAACUCAGCUGAUUUGCGCACCGUUAUAUUACCAGUGCAGACGACGGCAUACGGUCAGUUAAAGUUGGCAGUUGAAAGACUAAAUAAAUUUAGCAUACUAAAAAAGCACGAAAUACCGCUAGAAGGUGUUAGUGUUAAGCAAGCCACUUAAUUGCGUUGCAAAAGCAGACAACUGUUAUUCAAUCUAUAAAGCGACGAGUUAAUUCAUGCUCUCUUGAUUGUUUCGUCGGCACCGCUACAAACUGCAACAACGACGACGACGACGACGAGUUUAACAGCAGCAGGCACUUCGUCGAGUAACGUGACGACCGGCUAACAGCAGCAGCGGACGCUUGGGAACGCGCACACACAUAAAAUGGAUUCACUUAAAAUUCCAAAAGGUGGAAAUAGCAAUGCGUCAGGUGGCGCCGGCGGCAAACCCACUGGCAGCGUACCAAUCACCGUGCGUUUUAAUGCCGGCGAUGAAUGUAUUGAUGAUAUCUUUCAGUCAUUUCACAAUAGCAACAAUAGUGGCGGCGUUGGUGCGGGCGUUGUUGCCGGCGGCAAUGGCAGUGUGGGUGGUGGCGGCGGCGGUGGCAGUGCUGGUGGUGGUGGUGGUGGUCCGAACGCCGGCGGUGGGGAUUCCCUGUCGAGCAGCCCAUCGCAACAUCAUCAGCUGCAGGCACAACAAAAUGUAAGCGCCUAUCAAGUGGAUGAUGUAAACACAAGGAAUAAUUUUCUGCAAGGCAACUUUUUCAACCGCAAAAGAUCGGGCAGCAUCGAAGGCGUUUCGCCAACGAGUUCAGGACCAAAUCUGAUAGCAGCGCUCGCUGGUAGUGAUACACCAACGGUUGGCACUUGGAAAUUAAUUAAGGGUAAAGUUUCACAGACAUUCGAAGACAUUAAAUCGUCGAAAACUACCACACAGGUAUUGUCGGCGUCCGUACCGAAAGUUGAGAACCCACGACAAUAUUUUCCACAACAAAUAAACGAUCCAGACUCGGAUACCGAAAAUCCGACCACACACUCUUCCAUCAGUGAUGAUUUGCUAUUCGAUUUAGAACGUAAAUCGCCGCAUUUUAAAGGUGGAGACUCAGAUUCCUCAGCCGACGGUGAACCGCUGCCCGAAGCUGAGGUAGAACGUUCCAGACUGCGCCGUGGUCUAGCAAAUCUCAAAUCGAAAGUGAAAUCCAAAACGCAACAUACGCACCAUCACUCUCACCAAUCUCAUUCCCCAUCGCAACAACAGCCUGGUCUCGCUACAGCAGCACUUUCUACGGCUACCAUUUCCACUGCAUUCGGCACAGCUGCUAUCAAAUCAAUGAAGAAGGAACCCGCCGGUCCGCCGCCUGUGUCCUCAAACACGUCACUGCGUGAUGCAUUAAUGCGCCGACGACGUCCUUCGCCGACGGAGCAAACUGAACGUGCGAACGUCUCGCCACGCGUCGAGCCCGUCGAAAGUCAGGCGACAGUGACGGACAAAAAGGCGAGCUCGAAAACUAAGAAACGUGGUAUAAUCGCUGGUAAGAAGGAGGUGGAAAUCGAGUCGGGUGUUGAGAUGAUGGAAGAUACUUUGCCAACAUUACCACAGGACCCAGCUGGGAGUGCGGAAGAGCCCAAAACUUCUUCACGCAAUCGUCAUGAUUUGCAUCUACAUUUCGGUAAGAGGAGCUCAAACAAAGCUUCACCCCCACAUACUGAAGGUUUACCCGCCGAUGCGGAGACUAUUAAGCACCAAAAUGAAUUGGAAACUUUGAGACAUGCCGCAGAGAUAUUACAAAGAGAGAGUGAACGUGAACGUGAGCAGCAUUUGCAACCGAAGAAAAAAUUCGCCGCUACCAUGCCCAUAAGUCGUUUGGCCGUGCUCAUUGUAGUGCUGCUCUUGCCCGUUCACGGUUUUAUACGCGGCGUACUGGCGUGUCUGAUGAGUUUCGCUAUUGCCGACUCGCUAAGUGUAUUGGCACGAUCGAUUAUUUAUAAAUUCUUUCAACACCAUCCCGAAGGUACUGACUUCGAGAUACCAGACUAUACGAAAAUGCCUAUUUGUGAAGUGCCGGCUGUGGAGGAGCACAAAACAAUUAAAUCCUAUGCCGGUUGGAUGAACGAGAUUUUCAGCUAUGACCCCUUAACCUUUCACAUCACACAAACCAAUUCGGUUUAUUUGCGUCUCGACGGCACCUACCUACGCGUAUCGACAACAACAGCACGCAUACCGAAGCGUAUCAUGUGGAACGAACCGCCCAUCGACAUAAAGCACGUACACUUCACUAGCCAUCGCGUGUUCAAUUUGUUGGGUUGCAGUGUUGAGCUUUUGCCACUGGGAUUGGCGCGCAAGAGAUACUUCAAUCGCAAGUAUCCCAUACAGCUGAUUAUAAAAAAUGGCGCCGAAGAGGAGAUGCAGCAAGAGCCCUCGGAAAAUCCAUCAACUCAAUUAUCUGCACGCGGUAGCAAGUCCGACUUGGCGUCGAUGGAUAGUAGAAUGUCACAGGUUUCCAGCGAUAUUUUGGAGCAGUUUGGCGAAUCGAAAGAGAAGGUGACCAAUCUGCAGGAUAUAGAUUUUGCAGCUACCGUUAUGAAUGCCGAUUUGCAACAAUUGCAAGACAACACACAGAAUAACGACAGUCUCAUACCUUGUGGCGACGAGGUGCGCUUGAUACUCUUCUCGCGCGGCGAUCGUGAGAAGGAGGACUGGUAUCGUCGCUUUGUGGCCGCCAGCGAAGGUGACGUGCACGACCAGAUGUUGCGCUUGCCAAAUCUGAAAUUUGUGGAUGAUGCUGAAUUGCAGCGCGCGGCAGCAAAGGCCGCACAAAUGCCGCUGGAUCUUCGUGAUAAUGCGACACCGGAAAAUGAGAAUCACGCAGAAAUGGAGUCGCAUGUAUUACCCACGGAUAUGGCGCCGCCGUUGGUGGUUGAGAGUGGCAAGCUGGCGAAGGGAGAAACAUUCAAAGACAUUCCAGACGAUAUGGAGGUGGUGCCCUCGCCAACUGAUACCUUCGAAGGUCUACUCAUGAGCUCGUGUGCUGCACGCAAUCCCCCAGAUUACAUACGUUUUAUGGCUAUAUAUCAGAGCGCUUGCAAAGAUCCCAAAAUUGCAGUUCAAUCAAAACCCAAAACAUUGGAUAAAAAUGAAAAAUCACGUCGCUCCAAACGCAAUGCCAAAGAUUUGUGGAAGGGCAUUGAUCAGUCGUUAUUCUUGGGCCCAUCUGGCAGCGUUGUUUGGGCCAAUGUGUUAAUUGGACGCGUUCUCUAUAGCUGUCUUCAUGACAAUAUGGUUAAGGAUAAGAUCAAAGAAUUACUGCAGAAGAAAAUUAGCGCCAUAAAGCUGCCCUCCUUCAUUGAAGAUGUGGUUAUCACCAAAAUCAAUCUAGGCGACACGCCACCACUCAUACACCGCGUCUCACAACCCAUGCUGGAUGAGCGUGGCACUUGGGUAGAUGCCGACAUCACCUAUGAGGGUUUGCUACAGUUAACCGUCACAACCAAAUUGAAUUUGAUGCGUAUUAAGCAACAAAAACGGCCCACAGAUCCACUCAAUAUAACUGUUCCAAAUCCGAUAAAUACCGGACCGAAUGCGCCACCUGUAACUAAUUUCACUGUCGUACCACCCAUUGUGAUCGCCGACGGUGAGGGCACGAGUCGAAGUAGCACAAAUGCCAGAUUAUAUGGGGACGACACCAACAAUGUUGAUGAAGUGUCGAGCAAUGUUAUCUUUGACAGCGAUGCAGAGAGUACUGGCGAUUCGGAUACAGAUCCCGAAAGUUUGAAUGCGCCCACAGCGACAGGAGCCACACCGAAUAUCGGCACAACAGCGACAACGGCAGGGCAAAGCGCACAAGCCGAUGGCAGCUCAGCUGCAGCAACAGAUUAUCACUUCAUUCCCACGGCGCCAGGCAAUGCGCGUCGUAUUUUCCGCAUAGUGGAUCGCAUUGCCGCUUCGAACUUCUUUCAAUACGCCACCGAUUUGCCAGUGGUACAGCGCGCCAUCGAGAAUAUGAACACGAAUAUAACGCUGCGUGUGGAUCUGCGCGGUCUGGUCGGACGUGGCGUCAUUAACAUACCACCACCGCCAUCCGAUCGCAUAUGGCUGUCCUUCCGUGGGCCACCACGCCUUUGGCUCUCAGCCAAACCCGCAUUGGGCGAAAAAUCUGUCGACUACAGCAUCGUGACCAGCAUCAUUGAGAGCAAAUUGUGCGAAGUGGUGAAUAAGUUUUUGGUUUAUCCCAACAUGGUCGAUGUCACCAUACCAUUUCUGGGUCAACCGACCUAUGAGUAUUUGCGUGGUGAAAAAACUACCAAAAAAACUACAGAAUAGAUUUUCGUUUAUAUAAUGAUCUAAUUGUAAAUUAAGUGUAGUGUUAUGCUUUAGCACAUAACAAUUUACAACAACAAAAAAUGUGUCCAUCUUUUUAUUAAAAAUGUGAAGUUAAACAUUUUCCCAUUUUUUUUAAUUUUUUUAAACUUUUUUAUAUAUUUUUUCCUAGUUAUAUACUGUUACUUAUAGAUUCGUACAAGCCAAUAGCAUCUUCGUCGUGAUAAACUAUUUCCAAAUAUUUUAAAAAACAUUCACAUAUACAUAUAUUCAUAAGCCGCAAUUCCAUAAAAUUUACCUUACAAAUCUAAAUAUUAUAAAAAAACUGGAUUACAAUACACAAGUUGUAUAAUAAUUAUAUAAUAUAAUUAAUUUUUUUAUAUUGAAUGCAAAGUAGUUAGUAGUAACAAAUCUAUGUUUCUUGAAUAUACAAUGUAUACAUAUGUAUAUGUAUACUAUAUAUACUAUGUAAGCCAUUAUUCCAUGAAUUAUACAUUUCAUAAUUUAGUUCAAUAUAUUAUAUAAGAAUUGUUUCUAUUUUUUGUAUUUUUUUAUUUGUAUGUGGUGAAUAGUGAUUAUUUAUAAAUAACGCAAGGUUGCUUAUGGAAAGUUGAAAUAAUUGAAAUUUAACUAUGCAGAAAUUUCUUAGUUUUUAAUUUAUAAUUAAAGCUGCUAUGCACAGAUACAUUCAAAAGUUUAUAUCAUUACAUAAAAUGCAAAAUAACGUAACACCACUUAUCAUAAGUUGGCAGGCGAUGGAAAAACGAUAUAAUAGAAACCAGUCAUAUUGAAAAUAUAUUGAGUUGUGGUCAUAAAAUGGUUAUUUAAAUAAUUUCCAAUAUCUUUUUUGCUCUUCUUUUUCCAUAAGCAACUUUAGCAAAGCAGAAAUUAUUAUUAUGUAGUUAAAUAAACACAAUAAUUCCUAAAUAAUUUUAGUGUUUUAUUAAAAUUUAAGUGUGUGAAAAAAGCUGCAGAUUUUCUGCUUACUUAAAGAACAAAAAUACGAAAUUGGUCAUACGGUUAGAAAAAAAAUCCGUUUUAUACUUACUAUAGAAAUUUAUAUAAAAUUAAUAUUAACUGUGCAAUAUUGGAUACUUUACUGAAACAUUUUUUUUACACUGCACAAGUUCGAAAUUCAUUAAGGUUAACAGAUAUUUGAAAAUUCUCUCUAUGAGGUUCGCAGCGUGUUCAUUUGAAACCAAAAUUGUCUGCUCUUUUUCAGAUUAUAUUUUCCAAUUCGAAAUUUAUUUGUCAAUUGCAUGCUCAGUUUUCAGAUAUGCUGCAAAAAUUAUGACCGAGAAUGUUUUUUUGAUAUCGAGCUUCUUUGAAAAAGUGCUAAAUUCUAAAGAGUAUGCUUAAUUCCAUUAUUAUUGCUCAAAGUUUGGCAAGGACUCUCGCCACAGCAGUAUUUGCUAUAAAUAUCAGUUUUAUGUUGCUAGAAUGCUAUAUAAACAACUACAAUAUCAACAAAUCAAACGAUGCUUUAUCUGUGACAUAUCCACUUAACAAAUAAAUCCAGUACGACAGAGCGUAUGAGUAAUAUAUGAAAGAGUAUAAAUUGUCAACACGGUUGCGAGUUUUUUUAACCAAAUAUUUUUGCAUUUAUAAAGAAAUUUGCAAAAUUUAAUCCUAAAAUUAGAAUUAAAAGUUGAAAAUUUUUUUUUUCAUUUAAAAAUAAAAUAAAUUUAAAAAUAAGCAGAAUUAAAAUUUGUGAAAAUAUUUUUUUUUGCAUUUAUUAAUAAAUUUUCACAUUUUGAUGCCAAAAUCAGAAAUAAAAAUCUAUAUAAUUGACAAAAUUUUGAUAAAAUAUUUUUAAUGCAGAAAUUGGUUGAACAAAUAAAAUAAUCAAUUUCAAAACAAAAAGUGCAAUGAAAAGGGGAAAAAUGAAAGUUUAACAUAUUUCUAAUGGAAAUACUAAAUUUAAAAGUUAGUAUUUUUAAAUAAGACAAAGAAAUACUAUGUUGAAGUUUCGUUCAAAAAAGCGUUCGUUUUACAAUACAAACUUCCAUAUUUGAAGACCAUUUAUAUUGAGUUUAACCAAAGUUUGUUUUUAAUUUGUUUUAGCAAGUAUUCUUUUGUUCUGGGGAUUAAGAUUUUCCAUUUUUCAAUCUCAUAUUUUGGAUAAAAAUAUUUUUAAUUCGAUUUUUGGGAUUAUAAACUAUAAUAAUUUCUAAUUUUUUUAAAAAAAUUUGUUUUAUAAAUAACUUUCUCGACCUUACAAAAUUAAAAAAAAGUAUUAAUGUUAAUACAGCUAACUUUAAGACAUUAUUUGCAACCGUGGUUGACAUGUAUGAAUUAUUAAAAUAAUAAAGAAAUCAAUUUAGCUUUGUUUUUGUUAAACUCAAUACUUAACGGUAAAUAGCUGGCAAACGCAUGGCGAAAGAAUUUUGAAAUCAAUAUUUUUUUGUGGAAUCACAUGGCUGUUGAGCCCUUUGUAAUGUUGUAUGCAUAUACACAUACAUAUAUCUUCUACCACAUUAUUUAUUGAUUACAAGUAUUUUUUGAUAAUAUUUUUUCUUAAUAUAUGUUUUUAACUUGAUACAAUUUAUAGUUUUCCAAUAUGUGCAACUUCAUAGAAAGAAUUAAUUUAUAUAUACUUUAGAGUGUGACCAUGAUUACACGUUAGUAUUUGCUAUAAAAAUGCUGCUGACAUUUAAAUAUAUGCGCAAAAUGUUCAAAGAAGUAUUUAAAAUAAAAAAUAAUAGAAACGUGAUUGUGGACAUGUAUUUCCGCACUAAAAGCAAAUCUGUAAGCGAUAUGUAAUAUUUGAUAGAGACAAAAAAUUAUAUUUAUUUAAAAUAUAUUUUUUUUAUUUAAAAUAUAUUUUGCAUACAAAAUUAUAAUUUAAGUUUCAAUUUGAAUUUUAUUAAAAAUAUAUUUUACAUUUAAAAAGUAUAAUUUAAGUUUCAAUUUGUAUUUAAAAAAUUUUUUUAUAAACAUAUAAAAUAUUAAGAGUGAGAACGGCAACUUAACGAAUAUUAUUUUUAUAUUAAGAUAGCUGAAAACGCAACAAUAGUUUAGUAAAUAUAUUAAAUAUUAUUUAUAUUAAUAGUUUCAAUAAAAUGCAUAGCUAAAACGAAAAAUGUACAAGAUUCCAGUUUUUUCUCAUAUUAUAAUUUAAAAUAUGCUUACAGAGUGUAGUUAUUUAUAAUGAAAUUUAUAAUUUGUAAUUAUAUAUACUUAUAUUUUCCUAUAAGUAUUUAAUCUCUUGACUUUAAGCCAAGUGAAAUAUUUCUCACAUGCCAGUGAUCUGAAUACUUUAAGUUUUAAAAGGAUUUUAGAUUUUAAAAUUCGUUAUUUCUUAAAUUAAAUUUUUGCAAAUACCCAUGAAGCUUCAGUUUUUGUUCGGAAAAAUAUUAUCCAAUAUAAAACAGUCACUUAUUUACAAUUUAAGCCACACCUCAGAGAUUUAAGAUUUCCUCAUCUAUUUAACAUGGUUUUCUUUUGUAGAUUUUGCAUUAAAAAAGUAGGUCUAGAAAUUUGGAAAUAUUAUUUUCUGUUACAAAAUUUUCCGUUCUAAAAAAUAGUCUUUAAAAUUUUUCCAUAAAACCACUCUUUUAAAAGUUAUACGCAGUUAAAAAUAAUCAGGGGUGUUGUGGAAUCUAAGACACAAUUGUGAUUCAAUUCUGAUUUUCAAUGAUGUCACCUACUAUUUUCUUUGAUCGGUUACAAUUCUGACUCCGACAACUAUCAGAUUCCACAACUCCCCUGAAUGUACCAAACCUACUGAGCAUUCAUACAAGUUCCUUUACAUAAAUGCUGUGUUGCUCAUACGACAUGGUGUACUACUCUAUGCAUGCACAGUCAAUUGUUGUAUUAGUUUAACUGCGCAUAACUUUUAAAGCAAUGUUUUAAUGGAAAAAAUUAUUCAGACCGUUUUUGUAGAGCGGAAAAUUUGGUUUUUAAAUACCAUAUUAUCAAUUUUGUAGGUUAAUUUGCUUUGAGUAUAAAUUAUUAAAAUCAAUAAACUUAAUGCGAAAAAUAAAAAAUCUAUUGUAAAAUUAAUUAUGCACGGUUUAAAUUGAAAAUAAAGAGCUCGCUUACGUUGGAUAUUUCUAUUUAAAGACUUUAAGGGCUUUUUCAAAAAAAAAAUAAAAAUUAAUUAAUAACAGACGCAUCGUCCUAUUCAAUAUACAUACAUACAAUUUCAAUAUAUACAAAAUACCUAUAUAUUUAAAUAGUUUAAUAAGUAAUUUGUUUGUUCACUGAUAACUGAAAGCUAUUUCCUAAGGAACUGUUACUCUUCUUAACUCUCCCUUUCUCUCUUUCAAAUACGAUAAACUUUGUUCAUUUUUAUUCCUCUUUAAAUGUUGAGAAUAAACUGAAAUAGAAUAAAUGUAUACAAAAUUUUAAAUUAAAUUUUUUUAAAAAUAUAGCAAACAAAUAAAACAAAAAUAAUGUAAUAAAAAGAAAAAUAAAAUUAAUCAAAAAAAUAAUUAAAGAAGAUAAUAAAAAGAAAAAAUAAAUAAAUUGAUUAAAAAAUUAAGAAAAACUGAAACUAAUAAAUAACAUAAAAAAAAAAUAAAAUAAA